AUGGCUGCCACCACUUCCACUCGCACUUGCGGGUCUCUCAGGGGCCCUUGCCGGGUCACGGCAAACUGCCACCCAAACAGCGCUGCCUCAGUCAACUGCCGGCCUGGGCCUUGCCUUCCUCCUCGCCGAUCCAGCGUCUGCCUGCCCCCUCCAGGCCAUACGGCCUCGUCUCUCCACAACAGCUGCCGAAGUGGGGGCCACAUGCCAUCUAGCCGCCUUCCACCUCCUAGCCUGGGCUCCACUUGUGUCCCUCCACCCUGCAUCCCUCCUCCUGCCCGCCCUCUGAACUGCUACCCUGUCGGCCACAACGAAGGGAUCCUCAACUGCAAUGAGAAGGAAACCAUGGAGUUCCUGAACAGCCGCCUGGGGAACUACCUGGAAAGGGUGCGCUGCCUGGAACAAGAGAACGCUGACCUGGAGUGCAAGAUCCGAGAAUGGUAUGAGUGCGAAAAUGCUUACGUGUGCACCGACUUCAAACCUUUUUACUGCAACAUUGAUGAGCUUCAGCAACAGAUUUGCUGUACAAAGGCUGACAAUGCAAGACUCUGCCUGGAUAUUGACAAUCUCAAAAUGGCUUCUGAUGACUACUGCACCAAGUAUGAUUAUGAGCUGAGUCUGCGUCAGAGGGAUGAAGCUGACAUCAAUGGCCUUCGCAGAGUGCUGGAUGACCUCACCCUAUGCAGGGCUGACCUGGAAGCUCAGCUCGAGUCCUUGACUGAGGAGAUGAUGUGCCUGAAGAAAAACCAUGAGGAGGAGUCCUGUGCCCUUCGCUCCCAGCUCGGUGACCGCAUCAAUGUGGAGGUGGAUGCUGCCCCAUCGUGCAACCUCAAUAAGGUCCUGGACGAGAUGCGGUGCCAGUAUGAGGCUGAUCUUGAAAAGAAUCGCCGGGAAGUUGAGGACUGGUACUGUACACAGAUGGAAGAGCUCAACAGGGAGGUGCUCUCCAGUGGGGAACAGCUGCAGUGCUGCCAGACAGAGAUCAUUGAGACGAGACGUUGUGUUCAAGCGCUGGAGAUCGACCUACAGGCUCAGCAGAGCAUGAAAGGGGCUCUGGAGGGCACUUUGCAAGAAACAGAAUCCCGCUACUGCACCCAGCUCUCCCAGCUCCAGUGCCUGAUCAGCAACGUGGAGGCCCAGCUGGCCGAAAUCCGCUGCGACAUUGAGCGCCAGAACUGCGAGUACAAGGCCCUCCUGGACGAAAAAGCCCGCCUGGACUGUGAGAUCGCCGCUUACCGCAACAUGUUGGAAGGAGAAGACUGCAAGCUGCCCAAUCGCCCCUGUGAUCCAGAGUGCACGACCGCCAUUCGAUCAUCUGUCUGCCGGCCAGUUUGUGUGCCGGAGCCAGUCUGUGCCCCCGUCUGCCCACCAACCUGCAAGCCAUGUGUGCCCGUGGUGGAGCCCAACCUGGCUCCCUCAUGUGUCAACCCCUGUGGGCCAAAGUUUGUCUCAUGUGGCCCUCCUCCCUGUGGUCCUCCUCCCUGUGGCCCGCGUGGUCCAAUGUGCCCACCCCCUUGCGGCCCGUGCCCACCAGGCCCACCGGGCCCACGGAUCAACACUAAGAUCUGCCGUAUGUGA